GAAUUUUCCGGGAGGCUGCUGGGAGAUACCUUGAUAUACUGGAGAAAGCCAGGAAAAACAGGAGUGUUGGCAGAUAUGGAAAGGAGAAAAGGGGACAUAUUCUUGUCUGGGUCAGGAAAUGUGCUUAAUAAUAAAGUCCCCGCCCUCCUACAUUAACUGGCCGUACGUGUAACCACCUGCCUUCAAGCUUGGUGGUGGAAUCAGUUGCGUAGCUAACAUUAGCAUUGUGGGCGGGUUGUAAACGUCAAUUCUACCUACAACCAGAACACUAUUAGUCUGUAAUUCCGUUGUAACAACCAAAAGUUACCCAUAUUCAUUAACUUAGGUUAACAUAUUGUGCUGCCAUUAAAAUGGUGACAUUCGACAAAUGUCUCCAGUUUUGAAAUAAUGGCUGCUGUGACUGCUACGGUCUGUUAGUUAGCAAGUUGUUUUGUUGAUUUUUGACAGAAGCUAAGUUGUCUUGCAGUGAUGACACUUUACAGAACGACACGAGUGGAUAACAUUAGCUGACGACCAACGUAUCUAAAAUUUAGAGAUAACUUGGUCAGGUAAAUAUUAGUCAAGAUAGUCAAGACAAUCCUACAGGUACCUAGAAUAGCUAGGUUUGGCUAACGUUAGCUGAAUAGAACUUAUUGUAGCUCUACGUCAUCUUGAUAGUUUUUUGGCCAGCUAACGUUACGUCGCUAGCUAGCGAGCUAGAACUACAUUAACGUUAUGUAUUAAAUUAUAAACGUUAACGUCUACAUGGAACAUGCACCGAUGAAUGCGUGAUGUUGGAAAUACAUCGAAUAACACACUGUUCACGUAAUAUUGGUUGCAUAUCUGCCUUAUGGGAUUUACUUGGUAACGCUACAGGAGUUCACACCCAAGGAUCCGAGAAGCAGUAGAAGGUUUCUCAACGGGGGCGUUCGUACAACCUAGGGGGGCGCUGGGAACGCGGAUGUCUCUGCAGACCAGCACAUGGGCUGUAUUGCUGUGAUCACCAUGGAGACGCCCGUUUUUCCGUCACCUACUCAUCAGAAUGGUGAUGUUUCUGUGGCCAAGCUCACACUCCCUGCUUUACACAUCCACAUUUACCACCAGGAGCAGGCAGGACCUAAGGGCAGCCCACUCACAUACCCUGCUGGUCAAUAUGUGGCAGAGGAGCUCUGCAUCAAUGCAGCCAAGGAGUGUGGUGUGAACCCAAUGUACUUCAACCUUUUUGGUCUAAUGAGAGAAAGUGAUAGGAUGUGGUUCCCACCCAAUCACAUCUUUAAACUGGAUGUCUCAGCCAGCGAAAAGCUGCUCUUCAGGAUAAGGUUUUAUUUUCCUAGCUGGCACAGCAGUGGGCCUGGCAGUGCCCAUCGCUAUGGAGUAACCAAAGGCUCAGAAACCCCUGUUUUAGAUGAUACAGUCAUGGCUUAUCUAUUUGCUCAGUGGAGGUGUGAUUUUCUGAAUGGGUGGUUCAGCGUUCCAGUUAGUCAUGAAGCUCAAGAGGAAUGUCUGGGAAUGGCUGUGCUGGAUAUGAUGAGAUUGGCUAAAGAGAGGGGCCAGUCUCCUGUGGACAUUUACAAUGACAACAGCUACAAAUCUUUUUUGCCCAAGGAUAUGCGUGCUCACAUUCAAGACUACCACUUUGUGACACGCAAGAGAAUCCGAUACCGCUUUAAGAGGUUCAUCCAGCAGUUCAGUGAGUGCAAGGCAGCUGCCCGCGAUCUGAAACUCAAGUAUCUGGUGAACCUAGAGAGCCUUCAGCCUACUGCCUUCUCUGAGAGAUUUUGUGUUAAUGAACACACAGCUGGAGAUGUCACCAUUGUUGUUACUGCUAACCAUGGCAUUCAGUGGUUCCAAGAAAAUGCCAAAGAGGAGCAGGAAUAUCAGACAUACUGUGAUUUCCCAGAUGUCAUAGAUAUCAGUGUCAAGCAGGCCAGCAAAGAUGGGUCAAAUGAAUGUCGUAUAGUAACCAUAAACCGUCAGGAUAAUCAAACUCUGGAGCUGGAGUUUAACUCUCUCGAAGAAGCUUUAUCUUUUGUGUCCCUCAUAGAUGGCUACUACAGGUUAAUUGCAGAUGCCAAUCACUACUUGUGUAAAGAAGUGGCUUCGCCUAGGUUGUUAGAGGCCAUCCAGAGCUAUUGCCAUGGCCCUAUCUCAAUGGAGUUUGCGAUCAACAGGCUACGUCAAUGUGGCAACCACAAAGGCCUGUACAUCUUGCGCUGCAGCCCAAAGGAUUAUAACAAGUUCUUCCUCUCCUUCAUAGUGGGGUAUGAUGGUGUGGUGGAAUACAAACACUGUCAAAUUGUGAAGAUGCUUUCUGGGGAGUACAACCUGAGUGGUGCCAAACGAAGUUUUGGGAGCUUGCGUGAGCUCCUGCACCGCUACCAGAAGGAGGCACUGCGCUCUGAUGGACACAUUUUCCAGUUUACCAAAUGCUGCCCACCUAGGAGUCAUGAUAAAACAAAUCUGCUGGUAUGUAGACGUAACCAGGGAUUGGAUGUGCCUCUGUCACCCUCACUCUUCAAACACAGUAUCAGCCAGAUGGUUUUCCACAAGAUACGCAAGGAGGACCUGGAAGUUAAUGAGAGUCUUGGUCAAGGAACGUUCACAAAAAUAUUUCGUGGUAUGCGAAAAGAGUUGGGUGACUAUGGAGAGAUUUAUGAGAUGGAGGUGAUCAUGAAAAUUCUGGAAAAGACUCACCGAAAUUACUCAGAGUCCUUUUUCGAGGCUGCCAGCAUGAUGAGCCAGCUGUCACAUAAGCACCUGCUGUUGAACUAUGGCGUAUGUGUGUGCACAGAUGAAAAUAUCAUGGUGCAGGAGUAUGGGAAGUUUGGCUCGCUGGAUACAUAUCUAAAGAAAAACAGGAACUCAAUUAACAUCACCUGGAAACUGGAAGUGUCCAAACAGCUAGCUUGGGCCAUGCACUACCUGGAGGAUAAGGGUCUUGUUCACGGGAAUGUUUGUGCCAAAAAUGUGCUGCUGAUUCGAGAAGAGGAUAGGAAGACUGGCAACCCUCCCUUCAUCAAGUUGAGUGACCCUGGAAUCAGCAUUACAGUUUUGCCUAAAGAUGUUCUGCUGGAAAGGAUUCCAUGGGUGCCACCUGAAUGUGUUGACAAUCCACGGAACCUUACUUUGGCUACAGAUAAGUGGAGCUUUGGUACCACACUGUGGGAAAUCUGCAGUGGAGGGGAGAAACCCUUAAGUACUCUGGACAGUUCAAAGAAAAAUCUUUUCUACGAGGACCGGCACCAACUUCCUGCCCCCAAGUGGACAGAACUGGCCAAUCUUAUCAACAGCUGUAUGGACUAUGAGCCUUUGCACCGGCCCUCCUUCCGAGCAGUGAUCAGAGAUCUGAACAGCCUUUUUACUCCAGACUAUGAACUGCUUGUGGAAAGUGACAUGGUGCCAAUCAGAGCUCGAGGUUUUGGAUUCCCUGGGGCAUUUGAGAGCCAGGAGCCAGCACAGUUUGAGGAACGACAUCUCAUCUUCUUGCAACAGCUUGGGAAGGGAAACUUUGGCAGUGUGGAGAAGUGUCGUUACGACCCACUACAGGACAACACAGGAGAAGUAGUGGCAGUUAAGAAACUUCAGCACAGCACUGCUGAGCAUCUACGUGACUUUGAGCGUGAAAUUGAAAUCCUCAAGUCUCUCCAGCAUGACAACAUUGUCAAAUAUAAAGGGGUGUGCUAUAGUGCAGGCCGGAGAAACCUGAGGCUGGUGAUGGAGUACCUGCCUUUUGGAAGCCUAAGGGACUAUCUCAUCAAGAAUAAGGAACGCUUUGAUCACAAGAAACUCCUGCACUAUGCCUCCCAGAUCUGCAAGGGAAUGGACUACCUGGCCACAAAGCGCUACAUCCACAGAGACCUUGCCACACGGAACAUUCUGGUGGAAAGUGAACUGAGGGUAAAAAUUGGAGACUUUGGGCUUACAAAAGUCCUGCCACAGGAUAAAGAAUACUACACUGUCAGGGAGCCAGGAGAGAGCCCUAUAUUCUGGUAUGCUCCUGAGUCUCUGACUGAGAGUAAAUUUUCUGUUGCCUCUGAUGUAUGGAGCUUCGGAGUCGUACUUUAUGAGCUCUUCACCUACAGUGACAAGAACUGCAGUCCUCCAGCUGUUUUUAUGGAGCAGAUGGGAAGUGAUAAACAGGGUCAGAUGAUUGUCUACCACCUGAUUGACCUCCUCAAGAAGGGCUAUAGACUUCCUUACCCAGAGGGAUGUCCACAAGAGAUCCAACAACUUAUGAGUGAGUGCUGGAGCAGUGACCCUACCCAGAGGCCAUCCUUCAAGGGUCUUAGCCAGUCUGUAGACACAAUAUGGGAUGGCAAGGAGGGAUGACAUACCUCUUUGAUUGUCUGCUGCACCAAAGAGACCAUCAUUCCUCAAGUUAUGGAGGCCCUCAAAAGGAAUAUUCUAGAACCAAGGCAGGGAAAGCAAUGCCAUUAGAUCCCUGUGCAUCUCUGAUCUACCAGCCCUUGUGCUUAAUGUUAUACAGUUCUUCAGCUGCCUGUGCUUCUGUUUGUCUGUGGUCAGCAGCCUGAUGUUGUGCCUGUUGUCCUCUGGUGUGUUGACCAUCAGUGCUGAUGCGGUCACUUUGGUGCGGUGGCUGUACUGUCAUCACAAUGAUUUAGUUGAUGACCAGAUGUUGUCUCCAUGCAAGUAAUUUCAGACUUACAGUGCAUACGGAAAGUAUUCACAGCGCUUCACUUUUUUCACAUUUUGUUAUGUUACAGACUCAUCUUAAAAUGAAUUCAAUGAUUUAUUUGUUCUCAUCAAUCUGCACACAAUACUCCAAUACCCCACAAAAAAGGUAGUGUUUGGAGUGUUUUGUAAAUGUAUACAAAAAUAAUAAAAGACUGAAAUAGUCCAUUUACAUAAGUAUUCACACCUCCUUUCUCAAAUGGAAAAGUUUGGAACAAUCAACAGUCUUCCUAGAUCUGGCCGCUCAGCCUAACUGAGCAAUCCGGGACAAAGGGGCUUGGUCAGGCAGGUAACCAGCGACCCAAUGGGGUCAAAAAGGACAAACAUAAGGACAAACAUCUGCAGCUCAGUGCCUGGUUUCUUCCGUUGGGAAUUGUGGCCAAAUAGUGCAGUCUUUGUUUUUUCCUUCUUUACACUUCUCUCAUCUUCUUAAAGGGGAACUUGGCAACUAUUUCAAUGUAAUAAACCCGUUUAGAAAUCAUUUGGAUGGUUAAAUGACCUAUUCCGGUGAAAAUGGUGACUUUCCCCGCUGCGCCUAGCGUCCCCAGGCAGAAAACCAACCAUGAAACAUUGAGACCACCGUCCUGGAAAGAGAAGUGAGAAACAAGAAACUUGUUUUAAAUCGUGUUUCUUACCUUGUAACAUCCACAUAGUUCUGCCAAACGUAUGCUAACCAUUCGCUAGCUGUAAACAAAUCCAUGUGCUUUAUCGUUACCUUUUCCCACAGUUUGAAAUAGCAUAAUGCGCAAUUUCUCCAGCAGAGGGAGAAAUCCUGCCAAGUUUCCCUUUAAAGGAACUCUAGAUCUCAUAACAAAAGGUGUGAAUACUUAUGUAAAUGGAAUAUUUCAGUCUUUUAUUUUUAUACAUUUACAAAACACUCCAAACACUAGCUUUUUUUGUGGGGGAGUAUUGUGUGUAGAUUGAUGAGAAAAAAUAAAUAAUUCAGACUCAUUUUAAGAUGAGUCUGAAACAUAACAAAAUGUGGAAAAAGUGAAGCGCUGUUAAUACUUUCCGUAUGCUCUGUACAUCAGCCACCCAUGGGCCCAAACAAUAGUUUUUCCUAUGAAAGGAAGGCUACAUUCAAUUAAUAAAGAAUGAAGAAAAAAAUCUUUGAGAGCAAUUUCACUUGUUAAGUAAUGGUGCUUAAAAGUGAAUAAGGUCUUGUAUGCUGUGCAUAGAUUGGAAAAUUUCAUCACACUUUUUUGUUUUGUUUGUUUGUUUGGCUUUGAAAGCCAGAUGGCAAGGCUGAAAUUGUCAUAAGAAAAUGAAAAUAUGAUUUGAAUCCCACAAGAGGCCAAGAUGAUUCAUUACACAUUUUCCAAGUGCCCUAUUUAUGUAUGUAUAUGUGUAUAUUUUAAAUGAUCUUGUGGUCUUUCCACAUCUCUGAAAGGAGAUUGUGUAGCUAUAUCUGUAACCCUGCUGUUGGUGCAUAGAGAAAAACUGGUAACUCACUGAUCUGCAACAAAUCUUUUUAUAGUGAUUCCUGUUGUUGUCUUCCUUUGUCACAGCUGUGCUGCUGAUAUAUCCUUUGACCAGCUAACUUCUCAGACACACUGAGGAGAAUCUAUGGAGAAAGAAUUAAGAGUAUAUUAAGUGUUGUAUGAUCAGGACUGAGGAAACUAUAUAUUUUUUUAUUUGCAAAAAAAUAUUUUUCAUUGAAUGAAUGUAACAUUUUUUGUUUUACUAUUUCAGAGCUCAAAUGAUUGUAUAACAUGAAUCAGUGUUUUUGAUGUGGUUAUGUUGAGGUAUACAUUGUUUCAAGUAGUUGCAAAUGUCAUUGCAAGACCAGAGGCAGUUGGAUAUGGUCUGUUUGGUUUUAAAAUGCUGUCAAUGCUUCAUUAAAUUCUCUGACUAAUUAUCAGA